AUGCUCACCGACUUGCCAGAGGAGAUCAUUCAGCUUAUCAUUAGCUUUGGUUUGCCUGGCAUCCAAGCCUGCAGAUCCAAGGACGAGAAUCACAUACGGCAGAAGACGCUUACAGCUCUGCUUCUCGUGAACAAGCUGCUUUACCGGAUCUGCCUUCCAUCCCUAUAUCAUACUGUGGACAGCCGAGAUUUCUCCUGGAAACAGCUCGUGGGCGUACUCAAUGCAAUCAUUCGUAGACCCGACCUGGCGGGCCAUGUCAAAGUCAUCCGAUCCAUCUGCUGGAACGUCUCUUCGACGUGGAACGUUGAUGAGGAAAAUUCACGAGUCUGCGGAGUCCCAGUCUCCUUGCAGUUGACGGCACUCGACGAGAUCGACUGUUCACCGGCACGCCACAUUCAGUGGAAACGAGGACUGCUCAUGCUAGAUCAAGAUGCUCAGCUCGCUCUGCUGCUAAGCCUUUGCACCGGCAUGGAAAUUGUUGACCUUAUACUCCCUUCGUUGUUUGCUGGAAGCGUUACGCGUGCCAUGUUAUGCCACUAUAGCGGCCUUCCAGAGCUAAUGACGACUCUCACGCCCGAAUUCUUCCCGCAGAAGCAAUUUCUCAUUGCUCCUGCGGCACAAGGUACACGGCCGGGCCAUCACUGGCCCAACCUGCGUGAAGUCCGAGCAGCCAAUUAUGAUCAGAGUUCAGGUAGCAUCAAGACACGCAUGCCAUCGCUUCUACCAAUACUCCUGUCAUCUCCACUGCAGACAGCACGCCUUUCUAACAUCGAAAUCACCAACUCCAAUGACCUUCACGGUUGCAGUUUUGCAACGUUGAAGCGUCUGUAUCUUUCAAGAGUGGUCAUGGACUAUCGGGGCCUCACCGCAAUCUUAGCAGCCUCACCUCUAUUGCAGGUCUUCUCAGUAGAGUGGCAUGAUGUUGGAGGCAUCAAGUACAGCGAGCUAGGUGACGCUUUGCGAGCCCACGCCUGUUCGCUAAGAAAGCUGAUCGUGAAAUUGAUACUGAAAGACCGGGUAUGGACGGUGCCAGGUUCUGCACUAUAUCCAGGCAUGGGAUGUCUGCAGUCCUUAGAGCAGUUACGGUAUCUCUCAGCUCCGGCCGAGGCGUUGUUCGGUGAACAAGAGAUGCCUGACGAUGAGAUCAACAACAAUUGGGAUCUUUCAGAUGGCGAGUCAAUGGAUGAUCGCAUGGAGGGCCACGAUGAAGACCUACCAGACGGAUGGGCUGCUACACGCGACCAAGAGCAUCCGAAACCCCCUCUCAACACUAGUCUUCCGCUCUCGAUCAGCGCGCUUAGACUCACGAACGUCGGUAGGAUGGACGAAGACCUCUUUGAUGGGCAACUUAUGCAGCUGAUGACGGCGUCCUCUCGAUCCGCCCUGAGGUCAAUCAGACUGCGGACUGUGUCAGAGUUUACUGGGGAUCUCGAGGGCACUGGAUGGCGUGAGCACAACGUCAACCAAUUUUGGACCGAGUUGAGAAGGGAACAUGCAUGA